UUCGUAAUCAGACUCCGUAGAAAUACAAAGAAAACGAUAAUAUUUGAUUCAGGUUGACUAAUAUUAGUCAAAGAUACAUAAACGUGAGUGAAAGUGUGAAAAUUUGUGUUUAAAUGUGCUGAUUUUGUGCUAGUGAAGUGUAAUGACAAAUCGAUUAAAGAGACGAUAUUUUAGUGGCACUUUUAUAAGGAUACAGUUAAAAUAACAUUUGGGAUUUCACAUUUAUUAAGACGUAGUGCGCGGGCACAGCAAGAUGGCUGGCUGGGGACUGUGGCUGGUGCUGGCGCUGACUGGAUAUGUGCACGGGCAAGGCGCGGAGAAGCGAAGAACCGGCAAUGUGUGCAGCGUGGAUAUGGACUGUCCCGACAACGCCUUCUGCAGGCAGAGCAGCUACUGCGUCUGUAAAGAUGGCUUCGUGUAUGCAGCGGUCAACAGCACGCACAAAGGAUGCUUGAAGGAGGCUCGCAGCGGCGAGGAGUGCGUUCAGCACAUCCAGUGUCACUCAACCCUCGGUGUGCACUCGGAGUGCGCAGGCGGCGUGUGCGGCUGCGUCGCGACCGCACACUUAGAGGAUGACCGAUGCUACGAGACUUCUGUGGUCGGAGAGCGUUGUCUGGUAGACCAGAACUGCUUCUUGGGCGAGACUGGUCCGCCGCGACAAGCCUUCUGCGUGCGAGGGUACUGCACAUGCCAGCUUCAGUUCAGCCCAAGGGAUAAUGGGACGAGGUGUGUCCGCGAUGCGACGUUGGGCGAGGAGUGCGAAGACCAGCUCCAGUGUGCAGGCCCAGGCUUGGAGUGUAGAGGCACGUGCCGCUGCCGGGACAACUGGGUGGCUCAUAAUGAGACCAACUCCUGUUUCGAAUCUGUAAAAGCCCUGAACGAGCCGUGUGAAUACGACGUGCAGUGCGACGCGUUAGCAGGCGUAGCGGAGGCACGCGCACCUGGUGCCGCGCUGUGUUUGGGCGGCGCCUGCGCAUGUUCAUACAACGCGCACGCGGUCGGAGACCCACCGCGCUGCUGGCACAGACGGCGGCCGGGACAGGAGUGCCGAAGGGACGAGGAAUGCGUCUCCGAAGAGAACGAGCCAGGUUACUGCCUCGCCGGCCGCUGCACGUGCAAGACUUGCUCGCCUGAUGCACGAGACUUCGGCGGAGCGAGCACGCUGUCCCGCCCGCCAUUGUAUGUAGCGGCCAUCUUGUCGCUCGCCGCCAUCUUGAGACACUGACGCUGAAAGCGCGCGAAAAUGUCAGUUGCAAGAAGGUUUGAUACGCCUACCAGAUUUUUUAAAUAGGGUUGCACAAAAUUAUUGCAACACCAGUUAUGAUCCUGAUCAAAAUAUUCCUAAAAAGUCUUAACAUUGACUUUGAUACAAAUUAAAGUAAAUAAACGAACUUCCUUGCAACUUUUCAUUAGGCAGAAUCAGAAUCAGAAUUUCUAAUCAGAUACUGUGUAUCGAAAGGAAUAAACAAUGACUGGUCGAGUUUUGACUAGAGUUCUAAAGAAGUACUUUUAACAACUUUCAUACUGAAUCUUUUACUGAUGAACAAAAGUUCUACUACCUACUUAUAUUUGUACCCUUUUUACCCACGUCAAAAUAAAUAAGGUUUGCGCGCUUAAGAUGGGAGGUUGUUUUGUAUAAUUUUCUUUUUGAAUAAGUUUAUUAAUUAUGUCGUUAUUAAUAACUUAAAAUUGUUAUCUUUCUAAAGAGUUUUUAAAAUCCUGGCUACGGACCUCUUUACUAAUAAAUACGUGCGUUGAACUCUAGUUUAAAGUUAUGUAUUUUUAUGGAGAUAUAAUUUUAAACUAGUGUCCAUUUCCAGUUUUCAUUAGUAAAGGGGUUAAUUAUUUUACAAAUAUUCUGUACGUUUCGUAGAUCCUAGGUUGUUAAUUGUUAAUAGUUUUCAAAUUUUAUCCUAAGUUUGUAAAUAAUGUUAUUAUUGUUGUUAAAAUGUAAAUUUUAAAUAGGUGUAGAUAUUUAUCAAUCUCUUCCGUCGUAGAUCAGUAUUUUGAGUGCAAUUUAAACCGUCUGUUUGUAAGAGCAAAGUGUAUGGGUAGAUUUUAUGCCAAAGAAGUGUACACAAACAAUGAAAUAUUGUGUAAAUAAAGAAUAUUUAUUUUGGUCGA